GGACUCUAAGACUGAAGUAUGCAUUAUGAACUGUGUUGAAAGAUUUAUAGAUUGCACCACAUUUAUCACAAAACGUCUUAUGAACACAACAAAAUACCGUUCGGAUACUCCACUAGAAUUCGAGUAAUAACAAAUUUGAAAAGAAGUCAAAAUGUUCUCCAGCAUUAGAAAUUUCUUACAGCGUCACAAGAGAAAGUUCAUAGUGACAGGUGCAGUAUUUGGAUCUCUGUACUUGCUUAUGAGCUAUGCUCAGAAAAGGCUCAGGGAAUGGCAAGAAAAGGAAGCAAAGAAAUUUUUUGACAUGACCCGCAAAAAACAGCACUUUGAAAGCACAGAGCGAACUUGUAAUCAAACUAUACUUUCGCUUUCAAAAAUUGUCUCAGAAAGUAUCUUAAGCAUUCUUAACACUGAGGAAAUAGUUCAGAAGUUGCAAGAUAAGUCUGACAAUAAACUGGCUCUAUGGGACCAGAUGAAGAUUAUGAUUUUUACUAGGAUUUGUGUUUUAGUUUAUGCAUUAUCUAUCCUUAAUGUCACAUUGAGAGUACAAUUAAAUAUUAUUGGGGGAUAUCUGUACAGAGAUUCCAUGCAUGAAGAGGAUCCACUUAUUGAUAGUGAAUUGCAAGCAAAAUACUUGUCCCUGUGUCAUCAUUUUGUAGGCCCUGGAGUGGAAGAUUUGGUGAGACAAAUAGAAAAAGCUGUGAAGAGAGUGGUUGAACCUAUCUCCUUGAAAAAGAAAAUCACUUUGCAAGAAGUAGAACAAGUGUUCUGGUCCAUACAAACAAUCUUGUGCACAGACACAAACAAUGGGGAUCCUGUUAAGAAAAUGGUCCACUACUUGGUUGAUCAUACAGAAAUUAACGAAGCUAAGUUUGAUACCAUUGUUAAAGAGACUAUGGAUAUUUUAGAGAGUGAUGAAGUCACAUCAGUUGCAAUGUCAGCAGUGAGCAGAAGUUUUUCCACAGUUGUUGAUGAAGUUGCCAAUGUAUUUGCAUCGAAAUGGGUACCAACUAAGAAGAACCAUCUAGAAGUACUAGAAGAUCAUGUUGUAACAAACGGAGCUUUGAAAUUGGGAGGUAGUGCAGAUCCAUUUGUAGAUGUUAACAAAGUUGAGAUGCACUUUGUUAAAUUACUACCAGUCGUUAAUGAACUUAUAACCAAGAAUACUUGCAAGAAUAACACAAACAUUCCAGACUUAAUUACACAACAGCUUACGUUAAAUGAGAAGCUGAAAAUCCUUGGCGCCAAUAUAUAUGAAGUGUUCAGUAAUGUAUAAAAUUAUGACAUGGGCAUCAUUUAGAUUAUUUAAUUACAAUUUCAAGAACUUCAAUAUGCCUAAAAUCUAUUUCUGAGACUUAAAAUUGUUAGACUAAAGGGUAAGAAUACUAUUAUAGAUCCCUGAUGUUAGAAUAAGAACAUUACUAAUGUAAUUGAACUUUGAAACUAUUCGAAAAUCUUGUGGGUUUGGUAUUUUUGUUGUAAUGAUUUAUUUCUUAAGUUGUAAUUGUGGGGCAAGUAAAAAAAUAUUUUUAUUCAA